AUGCCCUGUUGGCUCCGAGCAUCUUCGAACUCGUCAAUAUUGGGAAGAAGAAUAGGUGGUGAUCCAUCUAAUUCUCUACUGAUAUCAUCCAAUAUAAAGAAAUCUUUAUCUUCUUCCUCAUCAUCAUUUCCAUUGUCACUGUCAUUAUUACCGCCUUGUAGAAACUUUUCCUAUAUUAACUAUCAAAACAAUAAACAUAUUAAAUAUAAUAAAUAUAAUAAAUUAUCUAAUGGGUUGAUACUUUUUAACCGUAUAAGGUCUUUCCAUUUAUCCUCUUUAGAACAUCAACAGCAACAACAGAGAAAUAAUAUUAGUAAUAAUAGUAAUAGUAAUAGUAAUAGUAAUAGUAAUAGUAAUAGUAGUGGUGGUGGUAACAAUAAAGAUAAUAAUAAUAAGAAGAAGAAUAAGGAACAGAAUAAGGAACAGAAUAAGGAUAAAGAUAACCAAGAAUAUAAAACUAUUGGUGACUAUCUUAAAUCAAAAGAAUUCAUUAACACUGUCUAUUUGACAACCGGUUUUUUCUUAUUAUUUACUCUUUUAAAUAAGUCAGAUUCAAAUAUUAAUAACACUCAUAACACUAAUAACACUAAUAAUAAUAAUAAUAAUAUUUUGAGUUUCCAAGAUUUUAAAACUAAAUAUGUAGAGAAAGGUUUAGUUAAAAAAAUUUACAUCAUUAAUAAGUUCUUGGUUCAAGCUGAAUUAAUAUCAAAUGAUUUCAUUAGUUUCACUAUUGGUUCCGUGGAUGUCUUUGAAGAACAAAUGGAUCUUCUACAAGAUUCCUUAAAUAUAGAUCAAAGAGAUAGAAUCCCUAUAUUCUACGUCAGCAAAACUUCUAUCUGGCAAUAUAUUUAUCCCUUCAUACCAACUGUCCUAUUACUCGGUGGAUUAUUCUUUAUUACUAAAAAAUUAACAUCUUCUUCUUCUUCUUCUUCUUCCUCCUCGUCUUCAAAUAAAAAUAAUUUCUCUAACCUUUUCGGUGUCGGUAAAUCAAGAGCAAAAUUAUUUAAUAAAGAAACUGACAUUAAAAUCUCAUUCAAUGAUGUAGCUGGUUGCAAUGAAGCUAAACAAGAAAUUAUGGAAUUCGUUCAUUUCUUAAAAAAUCCAAACAAGUACACCCAAUUGGGUGCAAAGAUCCCAAGAGGUGCAAUCUUAUCCGGUCCACCAGGUACAGGGAAGACUCUUUUAGCUAAGGCCACUGCCGGAGAAGCUGGUGUUCCCUUCUUGUCUGUCUCUGGGUCUGAAUUCGUGGAAAUGUUUGUAGGUGUCGGUGCUUCUCGUGUGCGUGACCUGUUUGAACAAGCAAGGAAAAUGUCACCUUCCAUCAUCUUUAUUGAUGAAAUUGAUGCCAUCGGUAAAGAAAGAGGUAAAGGCGGUGCCUUGGGUGGUGCCAACGAUGAAAGAGAAGCUACUUUGAAUCAGUUGUUAGUUGAAAUGGAUGGGUUCACCACAAGUGAUCAAGUUGUGGUUUUGGCAGGCACCAAUAGACUAGAUGUUCUGGACAAGGCCCUUUUAAGACCAGGUAGAUUUGACAGACACAUUCAAAUCGAUGCCCCUGAUAUCAAUGGAAGAAAACAAAUAUAUUUGGUCCAUCUACAAAGAUUAAAUUUGGAUUCGGACUUGAAAAACGAUUUGGAUAAUUUGGCAGGGAAAUUGGCUACUUUGACUCCAGGUUUCACUGGUGCAGAUAUUGCUAAUGCUUGUAAUGAAUCCGCAUUGAUUGCUGCCAGGCAUAAUGCCCCAUUUAUUACUUUGACCCAUUUUGAGACAGCCAUUGAAAGAGUCAUUGCAGGCUUAGAGAAAAAAUCUAAAGUCUUAUCACUUGAGGAGAAGAAAACAGUGGCUUACCAUGAAGCAGGCCAUGCUGUAUGUGGUUGGUUGCUACAAUAUGCAGAUCCUUUAUUAAAAGUUAGUAUUAUUCCACGUGGACAAGGUGCCUUAGGCUAUGCCCAGUAUUUACCACCUGACCAAUAUCUAAUAUCGAAUGAACAAUUCAACCAUAGAAUGAUUAUGGCUCUUGGUGGUCGUGUAUCCGAAGAGUUACAUUUUCCAUCCGUGACAAGUGGUGCCCAUGAUGAUUUUAAGAAAGUGACUCAAAUGGCUCAUGCCAUGGUGACCAGCCUGGGUAUGUCCCCAAAAGUUGGAUGUCUCUCAUAUGAUCAAUCAGACUCAAUCGGUUUACAAAUUAAUAAGCCUUUUAGUAGUAAAACUUCUAAAAUGAUUGAUUCAGAAAUUAAAAGAAUCGUAGAUGAGGCACAUGCAAAAUGUACACAAUUAUUGCAUGAUAAUUUGGAUAAAGUGGAUCUGGUUGCUAAAGAAUUGCUAUCAAAGGAAGUGAUUACUAGGGAAGAUAUGAUACGCUUAUUAGGCCCAAGACCAUUCCCAGAAAGAAAUGAGGCUUUUGAAAAAUAUUUAGAUCCUAAAAAAGAUUUUUAA